GAGGGAAGAGUUCGUAGUUGCCAUGGGCCGAGCCGACGUGCAUCCAGUUAAGCCCAAGCAAAUGAUCCAUGGGCACCUGAUCAGCAGCAGACACGUGGACUCAUAAGAGAACUGGUGGCGCCUCCCCCACCGCCAGUAGCCGCAGUCCUUCGCCCACGCCGCUCCACGCUGGUCUGCCAGUGUGUCGUCUUCCACUCUCUCUUCUCUUUCCCCUCUGCUUUCGGGGUUCUAUGUCGCCACCCGAGCAACGGCCAAUUCCCCAGCCUCCUCCUCCGCCUCCUCGCUGUUGCUCCAACGGUCACAUAACAUCCGCUUCGAGAUAUCAUUCUCUCUCGUACGCAUACAUAUACGUACAGAUAUAUUUCUUUACUUCCAACAAAGGAAACCGCCUGCUUUAUUUAACGCUCUCGGCUCUCGGAGCCCCCUUUCCUCUUUCAAAAGCAGCUCAGACCAUCGACUUUUUAGCGGAUAGCAGCUGUGACAGUCACUAAUAACGCUUCUCUUCGUUCCUCUUCGCCCGCAUUUAAUGGCAAAUGCGUCCUUCUUUCUUCUUAUUCUCCUUAUUUGGUCUCCACGGGGCGAUUGUCUGAGGGAGCAGGCGAAGGACGCGGUGGCCACCGGUGGGGAGCUGUGGUGCGUGGCGAAGAACAACGCGGAGGACUCGGCGUUGCAGUCGGCGCUGGACUGGGCUUGCGGGCCCGGCGGGGCCGACUGCCGCCCCAUCCAGCAGGGCGGCGCCUGCUACCAGCCCGAGGACAUCCAGUCCCACGCCUCCUUCGCCUUCAACGACUACUUCCUCCGCAACGGCCUCGCCGCCUCCGCCUGCGAUUUCUCGGGCACCGCCGCCCUCACCUCCCUCAACCCCGGUCAGGGUAGCUGCGUCUUUCCUUCAAGCUCAUCAUCAAGAAAUGGGAGCUUCGGUGGAUCGGCGACAUCCAGCUUAGGGCCAGCAGCGUCCGACAUGAGCGGAGUUUCUCCUCUGCGGCUGAGAACAUGGAGUCUGGCGUCGACAGUAGUGAGCCUGGCUUUAGCUACCGCCGGUGGCAUGGUCCUCUGGUAGUGCAACCUGUGCGAGAUUAAAUGGAGUCGGGCGACGUGUUGCUGGGGGAACGGUUGCGCAGACGGGGGCAGUGAUUUGUAUGUCAAUGACGCUGUUGAGUGUAUAGACUAUUUCCAAGCCAAUUCAUGCGCUCUGCUUUCCUUCCUGAUUCGCUUAGCUGUAACGAUAGAGAAUGUGAUGGAGUAUGUCGUUUACUUGAGGUAUCGAUUUGAUGAUGGCACUGAAGGCUGCACAUGAGAUCAA